UAGGAACCAAUAGGAUCGCUGCGUCUCCUGUAGGCAGUUGUACCCUCCUAACUUUCGCGGCGCCGUUAACGGCAGAUGCUGGGAUGUAACCUUAUCUGUUGGACUCACGUAAUCAGUUUCUGGACUGAAGGCCAAAAUGGGUGAUGCUGAAAAAGGCAAAAAGCUCUUUGUUCAGAAAUGCUCUCAGUGCCACACAGUUGAAAAAGGGGGUCCGCACAAAACUGGCCCUAAUCUUUGGGGUCUGCUUGGUCGUAAAACAGGACAAGCUGCAGGAUUCUCUUACUCGGAUUCAAACAAGAACAAAGGUGUUGUUUGGAAUGAAAAUACACUGAUGGAGUAUUUGGAGAACCCUAAGAAAUACAUUCCUGGAACUAAAAUGAUUUUUGCUGGCAUUAAAAAGAAGAAUGAGAGAGCAGAUGUUAUUGCAUACUUGAAAAAAGCAACCUCUUCGUGAAGUGUUUUUACAACUACCGUGUUGUCAGGAAAUGUUUCAAAAUUUGAAUAUCUCUUUUAUCGGUAUUCAUGUUUCAGUAGUCUGUUAAUAUUUGUUUAUUAGGUACUGGCCUUAGCAUCUGAAAAAAUCAGUCUUUAUUUGAUUUUUGCUAAGUCCAUUGCCAAAACAAAAUAAGGAUGAGCACUAUAAACUACUAUUCUAUGAUGGUAAAAGUGACCCUGGAUAGCCAUUUCAAAAGAAAAAUAUUGUUCUUCUUUCCAAGAGCUUCCAACUGAAGGGUCUGGUCCUGCAGAUAUUAAUAUGUAUCUGGAAUUACACAUACAUAUAACUACAUUGAAAUUGAUGUGACUAUUCAAUUUAGUACAGUUAUUUACAUGUAUAAGUGGUUGUAGCACUGAACCCUAAUGCUUCUUUCUUGAAGAUUUUACUUAGGCAAAACUCUCAAUGAAAUCAGUAGUGGCUCAGCAUUUUGCAGAAUUCAGCCCCAACUUAAAAGAGCAGGGAAUAACAGACAAUGGAACUGGACUGUUAAUGGAACUGGACUGGAAAUGGGGAAAAACACUUAUAAGAUAUUUUUAGGAAGCCAAUCAGCUUUGUUUCAAGAUGUUAGUAUAAAAGUGAAGCCGGAGGAAUUGGAACAG